AAGUUGGAGAGCACCGCGCGCCUCUAGUCUGUACUAGUAUGUAGCGAUGUGUUAAGUGGUGGUCACGGCGGGGAGCUCUGUUGACAUUGUCCAAUAUUUUUUUUCCUUCGUCAACAGCAAGUUAGGAGCUCCUCCCCUCUCAAUGAGUACCAAAAGAGGGGGAGACGGCCCCCCUUUUUGGUUUUCGCCGGGCAUGGGAGAUCAGAGAGAGCCGACAAUGGUGCAGAAGUCCACUUCGUUCAGCAUCAAGAGCCUGCUGCUCCCGUCGAAGUAUGACAGCCCGGACGCAGGAGUCUCCGAAGAGAAAAGUGUCCCGGACUCUGAGAAAUCACCGGAACCGGCGGACAUGGAGUCCAAGACGUUGAGUCAGGAGCCGCCGCUGCCGCAUCCCCCUGCGUCUUCAAGGGACGACGAGGAGGGGAGUACAGAACAGCCCACAAAGCAAGGCAAGAAUGGGAAAUUCGACAAGCCACCGUUCAGCUACAACGCGCUCAUCAUGAUGGCUAUCAGACAGAGUCCGGAAAAGCGACUCACGCUCAAUGGCAUUUACGAGUUCAUCAUGAAGAACUUCCCUUACUACCGCGAGCACAAACAGGGAUGGCAGAAUUCCAUACGGCACAACCUAAGCCUCAAUAAAUGUUUCGUGAAAGUGCCGCGGCAUUACGACGACCCAGGCAAGGGAAACUACUGGAUGCUGGAUCCGUCCAGUGACGACGUCUUUAUAGGGGGAACGACUGGGAAGCUUCGGCGUCGCUCAGCAACCUCCAGGGGUAAACUGGUGAUGAAGAGAGGUCUGCGUUUCGCGCCCCUCGGUCUGGGCUUGGGUGAGCGCCAUAGCAAUCCACUGUACUGGCAACUAUCACCCUUUUUACCUAUACACCCCUCGCACUAUAACGGAUCUACCCACGGAUUUCUAAACCAAGGACAUGGUUACGGCUCCCUGUUGCCCGGCGUUGACGCGCUAAGUAACGGGGAGGUCUCUCGUUCCAUCCUCGGGAGCUCGAGUGGAAGUCUCAACCUGUCAAACGGAUACGGGGUCGCCUCUCCACCCACGGCAGGCUUGCUCUCUGGCCACAAUGGAUAUUACGUUCCGGGGACGCAACAAGCGCAGUCCCUGCAAAGCGGACCAGGUUACGGCAUCUCCAGCUCGCCGCCCACCCUCAUAUCGGAUUCGCUACGAACUACUCUCCCUUCCUUCUCCCCGCCGCUGUCCAGUGGAUUUUCUGGGGUCAUGUCGCCGCACAAGAGGGUCGCGACCAAUUCUUACUUGAGCUAAGCUCGCUUUUGGACGUGUUAGUGUAAACUUUCCCUCCUCGAAAGUCCUUGACUCUAACCCCCUCUCCAUAAGCGCAACGAAAUAAGUGCAAGUUCCUCAUGUUUUGCAUUCCACAAGGACUGUACAUUCUAAUGUAUAUAAGGGACCAUGGUUUUCAAUUCUUUCUUAGAGUAUCUUCAUGCCAAAGGCAAUAAUAUGUUUUUACUAUAAUGUUGUUAUUUAUAGGUUGAACAUUUUAAUUUAUGUUUUUUAUUUAUUGAAAUGUACACUGUUUUCUCUCUAUUCAUAUGAAACACUGUGUUUGGUUAAAUGGAUCAGACGUUUGUCAUAAUUGUUACGUUAGGUUUUCUUUACUGAUAUGUAUAUUUGUCCCCCAAAUGCUGCGCCUUAUCGACUGCAUGGUUCUAGUGGACCCAUGCAGAGGAAAUAUAAGAAAUAAGGAAGACAAUUCUAAACAGAACUGUUUCGCACAAUGAAAUGGACCACAUGUAUAUGAAAAAUAAGAUAUACUUUUAAUACACUUUCCUACAUUUUAUGAAGACUACUGUACUGAGUAGGCUAUUUUUGGAGAGAAUUAUACUAGUUAUUCUUAAAUCUGUCUGAGACAUCAGACACAGCAGAAGAAAACAAAUAGUAUAACUAUUUGUUAAGACACUAGGACUAUUACUCUACCUAGACUCUAAGUCUGACCUCAUGUAAGUGCUCAGGACCGACCUUCUGACCCGUCGUCACUCUGAUCUCUUGUCAAAUCGGUAUCAUGUGGGCCAAGAGUGAGAUUGUGUCGACCUAACCCAUGUGGUUCAUAUUUUAUGCUAAUUCUACGCAUACAAUAGCCUAUCUAAUUGACAAUCCCCAUGCGUAAGAAUAUAUUUACCGCAUUCAUUGCUCAUAUAUGAGCAUUGAUAUUGUAAGAGAAAUGUUGAGCUGGUGGGCAAUAUUUUCAGGUGGCAUGGACCAUACUCUGAUCUUUAGCAAUGCGAAUUUCAUACAUGUCACAAGAAGUGUUUGCACUUUUAGUUUAUAGGCCUAGCCAUUUACAAAUGUGAGACGUUCGUACUAGUUUGCUGUUUUUAUUUGUUUGUUUCUGUAAUUUGAAUUUGAAAUCG